GUUUAAAAGAAUUGGUUGAACCUGAAGAUAUAUUUACUAUAAAUAUAAACGGAAAUAUAAUAGAAAUGCCUACAAGUAAUCCUCCUUUAAAAUAAUCAGAAUGUACGCCUUUAUUUAAUGCAGCUUACAAAUUAAGAAGGGCAGGAGCAGUUUUACAUUCUCACUCUUUAAACGCAAUGUUAGUCACAAAAAUAUUCGGAACAGAAUUCUAAAUAUAAAAUCAUGAAAUGAUAAAAGGUUUUCCUAAUCACAAAAAUACAGAUUGGCUAAUUGUACCAAUAAUAGAAAAUACCUAAAACGAAUGUGAAUUAACAUCAAACUUAUCAAGUGCUAUAAUGGCUUACCCUUAAUCAAAUGCAGUUUUGGUAAGAAAUCAUGGAGUUUAUGUAUGGGGCGAAACAUGGCAAAAAGCAAAAAUAUAUGCUGAAUGUCUAGAUUAUUUAUUCUGUGCAACUUUAGAAAUUAAAAAGUUAAAUUUAGAAAUUCCCACUAAAUUGAGUUCUGGAAAAGAAAUAAGAGCUUGGCAUAUUGAUGAUAAAAGUGAAGAAUAAGAUAUUAGAAAAAGCUUGCAUUUCAAAAAUUAUAAAUGGGUUGGAAAAGAUGAUUUAGAGAAAAUCGGAGUUCUGCAUUGGAAGUUAGACGGAACUGAAAACGAUGAAUAGCUUGAUCAAAUUUGUAAAAAAAGAGAAUAUAAUUAAAGAGAUUAUGUUAAAUGUGGAAACAUGUGUGAAAACUAUUAGGAAAUGCUUGAUAAAUUCAAAUAAGAACAUUUACAUACUGAUGAAGAAAUAAGAUACAUUCUAGAUGGAAGUGGAUAUUUUGAUGUUAGAGAUUAAAAUGAUUAAUGGAUUAGAAUUUAAUGUCUUAAAGGUGAUUUUAUAAUUUUACCUGAAGGUAUAUAUCAUAGAUUCACUACAGAUUAAAAUGAUUAUAUUCAUGCUAUAAGAAUCUUUACUUCUGAACCUAAAUGGACUCCUUAUUCUAGACCUUGCGAUUAAAUGGAAUGUAGAUAAAAAUAUUUAUAGUGUUAUUAAUUAAAAUAAUAAUGA